AUGGAGAGCCAUGGCCUCAAUGUGGUCAUCCCACCUGGGACCCUGGACAAGGUGGUGCUCACCUCUGCAGCCGACCUUGACAAUAAGACGCUGAAGGGACAGUUGAAUGACUGGCUGAAGACGGUGCUGGACAAGAUGGACGGUGUGGCCCAAACAGCCCAAUCGGAGGUUCAGAAGGCUUGCACGGACCUGCUGGAGAAGCAGCAGCAUGCUUUUAGCGAGGUGAAUCACUUGAAGGUCGAGGUUCUGGGCACUGUGUCUGCACGAGCAACCGACCAUGAGAACGAGAUGAGGGAAAUCAAGAAGGCCAUGGAUGGCUUGGCUUGCAAGGCCGACGUGAAGAGCAUCACGGACAAGGUUUCGGAAAUCAUGACUUCGCUUGCCAAGCAGGCGGACUUGCUGCUGGAAUGGCAACAGCCACUGCUGCAGGCGCUUGGCACGAACCAAGCCGAACUGACAGCACAACUGGCUGGUUUGUCUGCCAGUCAGAGCCACCUCUGGGAGAAGAUGACGUCGCAGCUGGGUAGACAUUCUGCGCAUUCCGGUGAACUGGAGACUAGGAUCGCAAGAAACCAUGAGGACCUGACUUCCCGACUGGAACAGCAUGCCGACUCCUUCACACAGCUCAAGCAGCAACGUGACCAGCUGUUGCACGAACAGCAGCGGCAGCUUGAUCAUGUUUUGAGCGCGCUUGCGGACCGGAACCAGAAGCUGCUGUCUCAGCUGACAGUGCAGUUGGAGACCGUGUCGACGGAGCAGAAGGAGCUCAGCGCCGAUUCGCUGAAGCAGCUCAUGCAGCAGCUCGACCUCCUGCUGCAACAGUUCGAUCCUCUGACAGAGGUUACACAGCAUUGUGAUCAGCUACUGCGGGAACAGCGACAGCAGCUGAAUCCCGCGAUGCGCAGCGUUCAGGAUCAGAGCCAAGAGCUGCUGGCGCAGCUGACAACGGGCUUGGAGGGUCUAUCUGCAAGCACUGCAAGCACCCAGCAGCUCAGUGUCGACUCGUUGAAGGAGCUCAAGCAGCGCUGCGACCAACUACAGCAGGAACAGCAGCAGCAUCUCGUGCCCCUCACGCAGUUCACGCAGAACUGUGGCAAGUUGCUGCAGGAGCAAGGACAACUGCUCCAGCCCCUUAUGCAGCUCACUCAAAACUGCGACCAGGUGCUGCAGCAACAGCAACAUCAGCUCGACAACCUCCUCAGUACAGUUCAGGAUCAUCGCCAAGAGCUGUUGACUCAAGUUGGCUCACACCUGGACAAGUUGGACAACCUGUCUGCCGAAAGCAAAGAGCUCAGUGCCAACUCAGUAGCAGAGCUGAAACAGCACCACGGCCAACUGCUGCAGGAACAGCAGCAACGGCUCGAUCCUCUGUUAAACAGUCUUCAGGACCAGCUGUUGAGCCAACUGGCAGUGCAGCUAGAAAGCUUGUCCGCAGAGCAGAAAGAGCUCAGCACUGAUUCGCUCGUACAGCUCAAGCAGCAGUAUGAUCAACUUCGAGAGCAGCAACAGCAGCAGCUGAAUCCUCUCCUGAGCACGCUUCAAGAUCAGAAUCAAGAGCUGCUGUUGCAGUUGGAAACACAGCUGGACGAUCAGCUUGACAGUUUGUCCGCCGAGCAGAAGCGGCUCAGCGCCGAUUCCACGAGGCAGCUCACGAAGCAGUUGGACCAACUUCAAAAGGACCAGCGGAAGCAGCUCGAUCAGCUCUUGAAGCCGGGAGAAAGGAGCCACGAGUUGCUCACCCAGCUCAAGACGUCGCUGGAGGCCUUGUCAAAAGAACAGAAGCAGCUGAGAACUGAAGUGCUGAACCAGCCCACGAUGCCUUCCGUGCCAGUGCCUGUGCAGCAGACCGACCCCGGACUGCGUCUGCAACUUGAUCCCGUUAGCAAGCUGCAGGAUCAGCUUGCUGCAUUGUCCGGUCGUGCGCAGCUCAUGUCGCAGACGCCAGAGAGAAUCCCCACACCGCCACAGACGCCAAGCCCACGCAGGCUGGCGAUGACACAGAGCCCUCAGCAGCAGUCGCCAACGAAGAUGCUGCAAGACUAUCAGGACAUGGUGCUGCUCAAAAGACAUGAGGUGGCACAUGCUAAGUCUGACCAGUCUGACCUGGUGAUAGUCCGGAGGAUUUCAUCGUACUACCUGCACGUGAUGAAGUCAGCAUAG